AUGGUUUCUGACUCUCCCCGCGGAGGGAGGCUGAGAGGUCCCGGGGAAGUGGAGGCCGCUGACCCGAAUGACCCUCUGGGAGAGCUGGACGGACAAGACGGCCCUGUUCCAACUCUGAAAGGCUACUUCCUGAACUUUCUGGAGCCUGUGAACAACAUCACCAUAGUGCAGGGCCAGACGGCCAUCCUGCACUGCAAGGUGGCCGGAAACCCGCCGCCCACCGUGCGGUGGCUGAAGAACGACGCCCCGGUGGUGCAGGAGCCGCGGCGCAUCAUCAUCCGCAAGACGGAGUACGGCUCUCGGCUGCGCAUCCAAGAUCUGGACACGACCGACACCGGCUACUACCAGUGCGUGGCCACCAACGGCGUGAAGACCGUCACCGCCACCGGCGUGCUGUUUGUGCGGCUCGGUCCAACACACAGCCCAAAUCAUAACUUUCAAGACGACCACCACGAGGACGGGUUCUGCCAGCCGUACCGAGGGAUCGCCUGUGCGCGCUUCAUCGGGAACCGGACCAUUUACGUGGACUCCCUCCAGAUGCAGGGAGAGAUCGAGAAUCGGAUCACAGCGGCCUUCACCAUGAUCGGCACCUCCACGCACCUGUCGGACCAGUGCUCGCAGUUCGCCAUCCCCUCCUUCUGCCACUUCGUGUUCCCGCUGUGCGACGCGCGCUCCCGGGCGCCCAAGCCGCGCGAGCUGUGCCGGGACGAGUGCGAGGUGCUGGAGAGCGACCUGUGCCGCCAGGAGUACAGCAUCGCGCGCUCCAACCCGCUCAUCCUCAUGCGGCUGCAGCUGCCCCGCUGCGAGGCGCUGCCCCCGCCCGAGAGCCCGGACGCCGCCAACUGCAUGCGCAUCGGCGUCCCGGCCGAGAGGCUGGGCCGCUACCACCAGUGCUACAACGGCUCGGGCACGGACUACCGGGGCACCGCCAGCACCACCAAGUCCGGGCACCGGUGCCAGCCGUGGGCCCUGCAGCUCCCGCACAGCCACCCGCUCAGCAGCGCAGACUUCCCGGAGCUCGGCGGGGGGCACGCGUACUGCCGGAACCCCGGGGGGCAGAUGGAGGGCCCCUGGUGCUUCACGCAGAAUAAAAACGUGCGCAUGGAGCUGUGCGGCGUGCCCCCUUGCAGCCCCCAGGACAGCAGCCGGAUGGGGAUCCUGUACAUCCUGGUUCCGAGCAUCGCGAUUCCCCUGGUCAUCGCGUGCCUGUUCUUCCUGGUCUGCGUGUGCCGGAGCAAGCAGAAGGCCUCCGGGUCCACGCCGCAGCGGCGGCAGCUGAUGGCGUCGCCCAGCCAGGACGUGGAGAUGCCGCUCAUCAGCCAGCACAAGCAGGCCAAGCUCAAGGAGAUCAGCCUGUCCUCGGUGAGGUUCCUGGAGGAGCUGGGGGAGGACCGGUUCGGGAAGGUCUACAAGGGCCACCUGUUCGGCCCGGCGCCGGGGGAGCAGAGCCAGGCCGUGGCCGUGAAGACGCUCAAGGACAAGGCGGAGGGGCCGCUCCGGGAGGAGUUCCGGCACGAGGCCAUGCUGCGGGCGCGGCUGCAGCACCCCAACGUCGUGUCCCUGCUGGGCGUGGUGACCAAGGACCAGCCGCUCAGCAUGGUCUUCAGCUACUGCUCGCACGGCGACCUGCACGAGUUCCUGGUGAUGCGCUCGCCGCACUCGGACGUGGGCAGCGCGGACGACGACCGCACGGUGACCUCGGCGCUGGAGCCCCCCGACUUCGUGCACGUGGUGGCACAGAUCGCGGCCGGCAUGGAGUACCUGUCCAGCCACCACGUGGUGCACAAGGACCUGGCCACCCGCAACGUGCUCGUGUACGACAAGCUCAACGUGAAGAUCUCGGACCUGGGGCUGUUCCGCGAGGUCUACGCGGCCGACUACUACCGGCUGACGGGGAGCGCGCUGCUGCCCGUGCGCUGGAUGUCCCCCGAGGCCAUCGUGUACGGCAAGUUCUCCGUGGACUCCGACAUCUGGGCCUACGGCGUGGUCCUGUGGGAGGUCUUCAGCUACGGCCUGCAGCCCUACUGCGGCCACGCCAACCAGGACGUGGUGGAGAUGGUCCGCAGCCGCCAGGUGCUGCCCUGCCCCGAGGACUGCCCGGCCUGGGCCUACGGCCUGAUGCUCGAGUGCUGGCACGAGCUGCCCGGCCGGCGGCCCCGCUUCAAGGACAUCCACAGCCGGCUGCGGGCCUGGGGCGGCCUGGGCGCCUGCAGCAGCUCGGCGCCGGCCUCGGGCGCCAGCAACGCCACGCAGACCAGCUCCCUGAGCACCAGCCCCGUCAGCAGCGCCAGCAACGCCCGCUACGGGGGCCCCAAGCCCAAGGCCCAGCCCUUCCCGCAGCCCCCGUUCAUGCCCAUGAAGGGCCAGAUCCGGCCCAUGGUGCCCCCUCCCCAGCUCUACAUCCCCGUCAACGGCUACCAGCCGGUGCCAGCCUACGGGGCCUACCUGCCCAACUUCUACCCGGUCCAGAUUCCGAUGCAGAUGGCCCCGCAGCAGGUGCCCGCCCCGGCGGUCCCCAAGCCUGGCUCCCACCACAGUGGCAGCGGCUCCACCAGCACAGGCUACGUCACCACCGCGCCCUCCAACACGUCCAUGGCGGACAGGGCGGCCCUGCUCUCCGAGGCCACCGAGGACACGCAGAACACCCCAGAGGACGCGGCCCAGAGCCCGGUGCAGGAGGCCGAGGAGGAGGACGGCUCCGUCCCGGAGACCGAGCUGCUGGGGGACAAUGACACCCUGCACAUGGACGAGGCUGAGGUCCAGCUGGAGGCCUGAGGGGCACUGGGCCGCGGGCACUCGGGGCGGCUUGGCCCCCACGGGCUGGGCUGCGAAGUCUCCUCCGCCAGCCCCGUGUGCACAGACAGAGCUGCCGCUGUGGCCACUUGUGCAUGGUGGGUCUCGGCACCUAGCAGGCGGGGGAUGGGCUCCGGGAGGAUGCAUGGCGCCCACCUGCAUCCCCUGAGGUUAGACAGCAGCACACACUGCCCGGGGUUGCGGGAACAUAGAUGACACCCUCAUUCCACGCUGGCGUAUGGAUGGAAUGUGGUGAAACCUUGGGAAGACAGGCCCUCAGGGGCAGCGACGUGGACCUCGGCUUCGAGAUGCCCGGCGGCCGGCCCGUGUGAGGAGGAGGGGGCCUGCAUUCUCCCCGCCGUCGCCUGCCUGGGACCGGCUCCCUCCAGCCGCCCACCAGCAUCGGCGGGAACAGGAUCCCGGCUUGUGUGACUUCCGUGUGCCUUAAAUGAAAACGUGCCUUAAAAAAAAAAAAACCAACCGAUGUGAUUUUGUCUUUCUGUGACCU